CCCUGUAUUUUACAGCUGAAAUGCUCCAUGGGUAUACUGUACAGUGAUGCUGACAAAAGGAAUAGGAACUUCAAUUAUGUUAAUGAGUGAUCAGACAAACAAAACUUGAGGUACCUUCUUGUUUCAAUAGAUAGACGUUUAGCUAUCCCAACAACAUACAGAUUCUUGAAAUUUAGCAAUUUUAAGUCUCUCAGACGCCUAUGUGGAGAGGCCAUGUGGGGAAACAUUGAAAGUUUUACUUUUUACUGUGUGGAUGCUGAAAAUGAAGUUCAUGAAUUUGCCAGGAUGCCAUGAAGCUAUAGAUUAAAGCAAGUUUGCCAGCUGAAAGUUCGUUCCUCAAACGAAGAUUAUUAUUUUUUUGACGUAUGGAAGGAUGACUACUUUUUAAAAUGGAUGGAUUAAGACUUCUAAGAAGUCAAAAGUGAUUGAACAACGGUCGUUCAUAGAAAAGCUGCAUAUAUAGAACAUUUGCCAUUAUAUUACAUGAUCAUAACUGGGAUCUCAUGCAACCUUUGUGUUUUCUGGAUAACCUUCUUCGGAAGAGAGUUAUAAAUGUGAACGGCAGAGAUGGCUGUGUUUUCUUUUGGAGCUUACUAAGGAUAAACACCUUUUCCAAUAAUGACCAGUUUGAAGCGGUCCCAGACUGAAAGGGCUGUUGCCACCGGAGUGUCAGAUGGAACUCCUAAAGUCCAUUCAGAUGACUUUUAUAUGAGACGCUUCAGGUCACAGAAUGGUAGCUUGGGAUCUUCAGUGAUGGCUCCAGUAGGCCCUCCACGCAAUGAAGGGUCUCAUCACCUUACAUCUACUCCUGGAGUACCUAAAAUGGGGGUUAGGGCAAGGAUUGCUGACUGGCCCCCAAGGAAGGAAAAUGUCAAAGAAAACAGUAGAUCAAGUCAAGAAAUGGAUACAUCAAGCUGCCUUGAUAGUAUGUCUUCAAAAAGCAGUCCUGGGAGCCAGGGGAGCUCUAUUAACUUGAAUUCUAGUGAUUCUGUCAUGUUAAAGAGUAUCCAAAACACACUUAAGAGCAAAACAAGGCAGUCUGAGAACCUAGAUUCUAGGUUUCUCACUCCUGAUGGAUACCACAGCUCCCCAAGAAAAGCACUUCGCAGAAUAAGACAGCGAAGUAAUAGUGACAUUACCCUAAGUGAGCUUGAUGUAGAUAGCUAUGAUGAAUGUAUCUCACCCAGUUAUAAAUCUGGACCAUCACUGCACAGGGAAUAUGGCAGCACUUCAUCAAUAGAUAAGCAGGGUACUUCAGGGGAAGGUUUUUUUGACCUAUUGAAAAGUUAUAAAGAUGAUAAGUCUGACCAGAUAGGUCCAGGCAGCAACAAAUUCUGUGAACUCCUUAUAGCUAGUGGAAGUAAGGGCUCAGGAUUUUCCUUGGAUGUGAUAGAUGGACCCAUAACUCAGAGGGAGAACCUUCGACUAUUUAAAGAAAGGGAGAAGCCACUGAAGAGGCGUUCAAAAUCAGAGACGGGAGAUUCUUCCAUUUUUCGAAAGCUGCGUAAUGCCAAAGCUGAAGGGGAUCUUGGGAAGUCCUCAGAUCUUGAGGACAGCAGAUCAGAAGACAGUGUCAGGCCUUGGACUUGUCCAAAGUGUUUUGCCCAUUACGAUUGCCAGAGCAUAUUAUUUGAUUUAAAUGAAGUGGCAGUUAACCGGAACAAUGUGAUCAAACGAAGGAAUACAACGACUGGCGCUUCUGCUGCAGCAGUUGCGUCAUUAGCUUCAGGACCAUUGUCCCAUUCUGCAAGUUUCAAUUCCCCAAUGGGCAGUACAGAAGACCUGAAUUCCAAAGGAAGUCUCAAUAUGGACCAGGGAGAUGAUAAAAGCAAUGACCUUGUUAUGAGUUGUCCUUACUUUCGUAAUGAGAUUGGUGGGGAAGGAGAAAGAAAGAUCAGUCUCACAAAAUCUAACUCUGGAUCCUUCAGUGGCUGUGAAAGUGCCUCUUUUGAGUCCACUCUUAGCUCUCAUUGCACAAAUGCAGGAGUGGCUGUUCUUGAAGUACCCAAGGAAAAUCUGGUGUUGCACUUGGAUAGAGGGAAGAGAUACAUCGUUGAACACGUGGAUCUUGGUGCAUAUUAUUAUCGUAAAUUCUUCUAUCAGAAAGAACACUGGAACUACUUUGGGGCAGAUGAGAACCUUGGUCCUGUAGCUGUCAGCAUCAGAAGAGAAAAACCUGAAGAAAUGAAAGAAAAUGGAUCUCAAUACAAUUACCGCAUCAUUUUCAGAACUAGUGAGCUUACAACCCUAAGAGGUUCUGUCUUGGAAGAUGCUAUACCUUCAACUGCAAAGCACUGUACAGCUAGAGGGUUGCCCUUGAAAGAGGUGCUUGAGCACGUGGUUCCUGAACUGAAUAUACAUUGUCUCAGGUUGGCCUUCAACACUCCUAAAGUCACAGAACAACUUAUGAAACUUGAUGAACAAGGGCUAAGCUAUCAACUUAAAGUGGGGAUCAUGUAUUGCAAGUCUGGACAAAGCACAGAAGAGGAAAUGUACAAUAAUGAAUCAGCAGGCCCGGCCUUUGAAGAGUUUCUUCAGUUACUUGGAGAACGGGUUCGGCUCAAGGGAUUUGAAAAGUACCGUGCUCAACUAGACACAAAGACUGAUUCAACUGGCACCCACUCUCUUUAUACAACGUACAAGGACUAUGAAAUCAUGUUCCAUGUUUCCACCAUGCUGCCCUACACACCUAACAACAAGCAACAGCUCUUAAGAAAACGACAUAUUGGAAAUGAUAUUGUGACCAUCGUUUUCCAAGAACCUGGAGCAGAGUCAUUCAGCCCAAAGAAUAUUCGCUCUCACUUCCAGCAUGUCUUUGUCAUUGUCCGCGUGCACAAUCCAUGCACUGACAACGUCUGUUACAGCGUUGCUGCGACAAGAUCCAGAGAUGUGCCAUCAUUUGGACCACCAAUCCCUAAAGGCAUUACCUUCCCCAAAUCCAAUGUAUUCAGGGACUUCUUACUUGCUAAAGUGAUCAAUGCUGAGAAUGCAGCUCAUAAAUCAGAGAAGUUCCGUGCCAUGGCCACCAGAACCCGUCAGGAAUACUUGAAAGAUUUGGCAGAGAAGAAUGUCACAAACACACCCAUUGACCCUUCGGGCAAAUUCCCCUUCAUCUCACUUGCCUCUAAGAAGAAGGAGAAGUCCAAGCCUCAUCCAGGAGUAGAACUCCACAGUUCUGGUGCUGUUGUAUGGAGUCUCCGUGCUAAAGACUAUAGCAAGGGUGUAGAUAUAGACUGUCUCCUGGGGAUUUCUAAUGAAUUUGUUGUUAUCAUUGAACAAGAUACAAAGAGUGUUGUGUUCAAUUGUUCCUGCAGAGAUGUCAUAGGGUGGACUUCAACAGACACAAGUGUCAAAAUUUUCUAUGAAAGGGGUGAAUGUGUUUCUGUGGAGAGUUUCAAAAACCCUGAAGAUAUCAAAGAGAUUGUCAAAAGGCUAGAGCUUGUGACAAAGGGCUGUGAGUCAGUGGAAAUGACUUUACGUCGCAAUGGACUAGGCCAGCUUGGUUUCCAUGUGAACUAUGAAGGAAUUGUGGCAGAUGUUGAACCUUAUGGCUAUGCUUGGCAAGCAGGAUUACGGCAAGGCAGCAGAUUAGUGGAAAUUUGCACUGUGGCUGUAGCUACUCUGAGCCAUGAGCAAAUGAUUGAUCUCCUGCGGACUUCAGUUACUGUGAAGGUUGUCAUUAUCCCACCUCAUGAAGAUUGUACCCCACGAAGAAGUUUUUCAGAAAUUAAUCGCAUGCCGGUGAUGGAAUACAAAAUGAACGACGGCGGCGUUCCAUACGAGUUCAAGUUCCCUUUCAGGAAUAACAACAAAUGGCAGCGAAAUGCUAACAAGGGGCAAGGGCCUCAUGGGCAGCAAAUGCCAUCCCAGAUGCAAAGUCCCGCUACCACUAGGGUUGCCUCGGGGAAAGGUGAAGGGAAAAUGCCUCCCCCAGAGCGAGCAGCCAAUAUUCCACGCAGUAUUUCUAGUGACGGGCGGCCACUGGAGAGUAGAAGGUUAUCCCCUGGCUCUGAUGUCUACGUCACCGUUUCAUCUAUUGCCUUAGCAAGAUCACAGCAGUGCCGUAACUCUCCCAGCAACUUAUCAUCCUCCAGUGAAACUGGCUCUGGUGGAGGCACCUACAGGCAAAAAUCUAUGCCCGAAGGGUUUGGAAUGAGUCGAAGAUCUCCAGCUUCCAUCGACAGACAGAACACAGAUACGAGUGGCAGUGGUAAAUCCACCCCCAGUUGGCAGAGAAGCGAGGAUAGCAUUGCUGACCAGAUGGAACCAACAUGCCAUCUCCCUGCAGUGUCGAAGGUGCUGCCAUCCUUCAGAGAGAGCCCCACUGGAAGACUGAUGAGGCAAGAUCCAGUAGUCCACUUGUCUCCAAAUAAGCAGGGUCAUUCUGAUAGCCACUACUCCAGUCAUUCAAGCAGCAACACGCUGUCCAGCAAUGCAUCCAGUGUCCAUAGUGAGGAGAAGUGGUAUGACAGUGGAGAUAGGACUGAGUCAGAGCUGAAUAGCUACAACUAUCUUCAAGGUACUUCUGCUGACAGUGGCAUUGAUACCACCUCCUAUGGCCCCAGCCAUGGCAGCACAGCCUCCCUGGGCAACUCGGCAACAUCUCCCCGAUCUGGACUUGUAAAAGAGAAAGUGGCACCACUAUGGCACAGUUCCAGCGAAGUAGUCUCUAUUGCAGACCGGACUUUAGAAAAAGACAGCCACGUGAUGGACAGGAAGACAGAGUCAUCGUUAAGCUUGGACAUUCAUAACAAAAGCCAACCAGCCUCCAACCCUUUAACAAGAGAGAACAGUGCUUUUAGCCUUAGUGAUGCCGUUUCCCAUACAAGUACCAUGAGUUCCCGACACUCUGCCAGUCCUGUUGUUUUCACCAGUGCCAGAAGUUCACCUAAAGAAGAGCUUCAUUCUGCCACUUCACCACAGCUUGCGCCUUCUUUCUCCUCCUCUUCCUCCUCCUCUGGUCCUCGGACUUUCUACCCACGCCAAGGUGCUACUAGCAAGUACUUGAUUGGAUGGAAAAAACCUGAGGGGACAAUAAACUCUGUGGGGUUUAUGGAUUCCAGAAAGCGUCACCAAAGCGAUGGCAAUGAAAUGGCACAUCCUCGGUUGCGCGCAUCAGCCAGAGAUCUUCGUGCCUCACCAAAGCGAGCAUCGAAGUCAAAUAUCGAGGAAGAGCUGAAGAAGCUAAUAGAUCUAGACAGCCCGACACCAGAGUCUCAGAAAAAUUUCAAAUCUCCGUUCCCCAGCACUCCUACCUCAAGGCGUGCGUUGCAGAGGACUCUGUCAGAUGAGAGUAUUUACAGCAGCCAAAGGGAACACUUCUUCCCCUCGCGAGCUUCUCUUCUAGACCAAGCCCUGCCAAAUGAUGUCCUUUUCACCAGCACAUAUCCUUCUCUUCCCAAGUCAUUACCAUUAAGAAGGCCGUCAUACACGUUAGGAAUGAAAUCCUUACAUGGAGAGUUCUCUGCCUCUGACAGCUCCCUCACAGAUACCCAGGAACAGAGAAGGCAGCCCAUGCCAGAUCCUGGUCUCAUGCCUCUGCCUGAUUCUGCUUCUGACCUAGACUGGUCAAACUUGGUAGAUGCUGCCAAAGCCUUUGAGGUCCAGCGAGCCUCAUUUUUUGCCACUAGUGAUGAAAACCACAGACCUGUCAGUGUUGCUUCCAACAGUGAUCAAACCGAAGAUCAGCUUCCUGCUCAGAUGAAGCCUUACACUGGUAAAGAAUCUCCUCCUUCUCUUGCUUCUAAAGUGAACCAGCUGGAAAGUAUGCUGAGAAUGUUGCAGGAGGAUUUAAAGAAGGAAAAAGAAGACAAAGCCAAUCUUCAGGCCGAAGUCCAGCAUUUGCGAGAAGACAAUUUACGGUUACAAGAGGAAUCCCAGAACGCCUCUGAGAAACUGAAGAAAUUCACAGAAUGGGUUUUCAACACAAUUGAUAUGAGCUAAGAACAGCACACAUUGAAACAAACACAUUGGCAAAAAAGUGAAAUCACCUCUGUAGUGGGACUUUGCUUUAAUACCACACUAAUCAUGACCUUUGAAAGUCCAGUCAGAGCACUUUUACAUCUUUCAUACUCUGAUUAUCCUUUUUUUUUUUUUUUUUGCAUCUCUGCAAGCACCCAGAACUAUUGCAGAUCAACAAUCAUUGUCUGCCUUUUGUAGGAAAAAAAAUAAAAGCAACAAAAAAAAGUAAUUUUAAAGAAAAUAAAAGUUUAACUGCUAAAA